CCAGAGAGGGAAGCAGCGUGGUCUUACCAGUAAUAGCAAAAACAUCCCAGUGGAGAUACAAUUGCGGUAAUAAACACCGUUCAAAAACUGUAUGCGAAGUCUCAAGUAGGGAACAGCCGACUCAGGAGGACGAGAGGAGAAGGCUUCAAAGAGCCGCUCGGGCUUGUGGGUGAAAACAAAAAGACCGCCUUUGUGACCCAAACAACUGAUUUCUUCUGGCCUAGGACAAAAACUGGAAACGAGUGGACCUGGGAGACGGUGUAUAAGUUUCCGCUUAGAGCCCAAAGAUCUGUGCUUGGCAAUGCCUCAGCCCAGCAUCUGUGGGAUGGAUCCUCCUUUCGGGGAUGCCUUUCAGACCUACACCUUUGCUGACCAGGCGCUGACCAGCACCGACCUGUUGGCGAGCAGCUCGGACCCGGACUUCAUGUACGAGCUGGACAGAGAUAUGAGUUGCAGACAGAGCCCCAGGUCUGACAUCCUGGCAGUGGGGGACUGCAAGGAGAUCGAGAGCAUGGAGCAGCUGGCAGAGGUGCUGGACAGCGACCCCAUCUACAGCUCCAACUUCGAGCAGUGGGACUCGUACUGGGAGGACCUGACCAAGUACACCAAGCUGACCAGCUGCGACAUCUGGGGGACGAAGGAGGUGGACUUCCUGGGGCUGGACGACUUCUCCAGCCCCUACCAGGACGAGGAGGUGAUCGGGAAGACGCCCACGCUGGCGCAGCUCAACAGCGAGGACUCGCAGCCCGUGUGCGAGACGCUCUACCACCCAGACCUGCUGCAGAGCCAGAAGCCCCACCCGCCCUCCGCCUCAUCGCAUGGCAAGAAGGCACCCGUCCGGCCGGCCUCCGCCAGGAACCCCCUCCCGGAUUUCGCCGAGGGCUCCCAGAAGGCCACCUGGCCCGUCCCCUCCAGCACUGAGACCAUGUCGAAGGCCCAGGCCAAGCCGCCCAAGGCUGCCACGUCCCCGCCCGCGCCCUCGGAUAGCAAGGACUACGUGCGCAAGGCCAGCGUCCGCGUGAACGCGCCGCGCCGAGCCGCGCCGGACGGCGUCUUGCCGCCGGCUACCGCUGCCACCUUCAGGGAGGGCCCUGCUGCCCCCCCGGCCGUCGUCGCCGCCGCCACCACGGUUACUGCGGCCUCUGUCGCGGUUUUAACCACAGACAAGAAAACAGAGAGGCCGCGUCUUGGUGAGGCUCCUGUUCCAGAUACCGGCGUUCCCCAGUCACUGUCCCACAAGCUCUUUCCGGGGACAGAGGACAACCAGGCCCUGGUCCCCACCGGUCCCCUGGGGACUGAGGCCGCCCUGGACAAGAAGAAGGAGGAAGAGCACAACUACUCCCUGUUUCUGUCCCAGGGCAAGCUGGCAGUCAAAGAGGAGCCAGAGGCAGAGGAAGAAGACGAGGAGGAGGAGGAGGAGGAGGAGGAGGAGGAAGAGGAAGCAGAGCUGGAUGAUGAGGGUUUCGGCAGCGAGCACGAGCUGUCCGAGAACGAGGACGAGGAGGACGAGGAGGAGGAGGAAGACGAGGACUACGAGGGCGACAAGGACGAUGACAUGAGCGACACGUUCUCUGAGCAAGGGUGCGACAACGACACCGUGGAGGACGUGAAGGGCCUGGCGGCAGGGAUCUCUCGUAAGAGGGGCAAGCGCCGGUACUUCUGGGAGUACAGCGAGCAGAUCCCCUCCUCCAAGCAGGAGCGCAUGCUGCUGCCCUCAGAGUGGGACAGGGACACGCUGCCCAGCAACAUGUACCAAAAAGGAGGCCUGCACCAAGGGAAGUACAUGGUGAAGAAGUCCCGGCGCACCGACGUGGAGGACCUCACCCCCAACCCCCGCAAGCUGCUGCAGAUCGGGAACGAGCUCCGCAAGCUCAACAAGGUGAUCAGCGACCUGACGCCCGUCAGCGAGCUGCCGCUCAACGCCCGACCCCGCUCUCGCAAGGAGAAGAACAAGCUGGCCUCCAGGGCCUGCAGAUUGAAGAAGAAGGCUCAGUACGAGGCUAACAAAGUCAAGCUGUGGGGCCUCACUACCGAAUACGACCGACUGCUGUUUGUGAUCAAUGCCAUCAAAGAAGAGAUUGUCAGCAGAGUGCAGGAUCUCACAAAGGGAGACAAGGGAACAAGUAUGACUGAAAAUCUGGACAGACUCAUCAUGGAAACCCUUGUGAAGUCACCAGUUGCCGGGCAGACGUCGGAUUUUGUGAACCAGAUCCUGGAGACCACCAGCAGAGGGGAUCCCACAGGGGGGCUGGUGGGCCUCCGCGUUCCCACUUCCAAAGUGUAGAGCGGCAGUCUGGAGGUCCCUGGAGAGGACAGACCAUCAUUCGUGUCCCAAACUGUAACGGCGUUCUGUUUUGCAUGCUUAUCCCAUCUAUAGAUACCCCCCACAAGCCUAGUGUGAAUAUAUAUAUACAGUAUAUAUGCCUACUCAUGUGUAUGUAUAUUUAUAUUAUGCACUUGUAAGGAAAUGGAACUUGUAGAGAUCUCUGCAUCCAGGUGUGUGUUACUUGCCAUUUCUGCAUGUGGUUGGUAAACGUCGUCUACGAGCCACCAGUUGCAAACUCAGCAUAGAAGUCAUACGCCCUGGUAUUUUUAUUUAUGUAAAAAAAGAGAGAGAAAAAAGGAAAAAAAAAAGAUAACAAAAGAGUAUCAGUCCUUGCUAUAGUGAUUUCCUACUGCAUCCCUCAGAGUGAUCGAGGCCUGUUUGCCGUAGCGUGAACUGAACAGCUGUAACGGGUACACUGUGGUGCAGUGGCAGUUUGCCCUCGUGGUUUUGGAACGGCUGUGGUCGCGGAGGGCGCGGAAUGGCAGAACGUCACAGCAGACUGCCGUGGAGGAAUUUACUCGGAAUGUUGUGCGCCACUUGUCCAAACCAACUGCUUACAUCACAUGACCUGUCUCUGAGACGGUGCGCUGAGGUACUCAGAAAGGUGAAAGGUGUGCAGCUGUCCUUUCCCAGAGACGACGACGCAUGCUUUACCGCUGUCCGCCUUCCGCUAAAGUAAACAGACAACUUAGGGUUGUCUGAGAGAGGCAACUCCAUAGUGGACAAGCCGAAAAAAGUACAACAAAAUACAAGGGUCCGUGAAACGAUCGGAAGCUUGUGUCGAUAUUGAAUGGAGGUUGCUCUAGAAACAGCACUGAUCCGAGAUCUGACAUUGGGGCCUUCGGUGUGAGAAUGACAGCGGAGCAGACUAGUGUGGUUAGUUUUUGUUGAGUUUGGUCGGAAAUUCACGGGAGAGCGCGUGGCAAUGUUCCGUCGCCCUCUUGUUAUUUUGGAGUAAGCUAAAGGGGCACGGUGACCGGAUUAGAGGGGAACCCCACGCUGUUACUGGGAGAAGCUCCUAUAUUCGAAACUAGAUUCUGAUGACAGAAACUCUUUCCCACAGUUUGAUUGAAAUCACUGACAUCAAAAUACGGUGGAUUUUGUGAACAGGGAGGGAAUUUGGAAUUUUCCCAUGUUUAUGCUCGAUUUUGUACGUUAAACAAGUAAUAUUCAUUGUGCCUUGUAUUUAAGAUGAGACGAUUACAGAAUUCCCAGGGGUUUAAGCAAGUGUACUUUUUAACACGGAUGGAGUGUUGGAGGCAGGGAUGCCUGUUUUGUGGAUUUUGUUGUUAUUUUAGCUCUUUAAAAUAUUAUGAAUGUACAUAUGGACGCAGAAAUUGUAGAUAUAUGCCACAGAGUCUUUGCAUUGUAUUAUAAGAUAGCUCUGGCAAAUGUUACUUUGGUUUUUGGUACUUUGCUGGUGGGGGAAGGGGACUAAAAAGAAAAUAUAUAUAAAAAAGAGAAAUAUUUGCACACUAUUUUGAUUGUUUUUUUUUUUGUACCAAAGAUGAAUGCAACAUAAAUGGCUAACAGCCAGUUUCAAGUAAGGUUUUGCACAGCUUACCUGACACCGUAUUGAAUGUAGAAAAAAGUGGGAGGAGUCAUUGACAUUCAUUGAACUGUGAAUUUUGCUUAGGUCCAAUUAUCCACAGGAAAAAAAAAGCAUUCAUUCACACUUUAAGUUUUUGUGUUCCUCUGGUGGGCUGAUCAAGUAGAUGCACUUAUUAUGA